GGCCCUGUUGUUAAAGCGCUUGUGUAUUGCAAACCGGACGACCGUGCCGUGAAAACACCGAGCUCCAGCACUGCGAAGUGUUUUCCUACCAGUUUCUGCCCAAUUGCCGGUUCCGUUUCAAUCAACGCAAAACAAAGCGCCAGCACGCGCCCGCUAUCAAUUCCCGAUCAUACACACAUUCAACGCUACUGGCCCAUCGUGUCCAAGCAAGCGUGCUGCCGAUACGUCCUGCUGCCGCCCUCCUAACCUCAACCCGGCGAAAAAGACAGAAUGUCGCACACCAUCCUGCUGGUGCAGCCGGGGCAGCAUCCGGAAACGCGCACCUACAGCGACUACGAGAGCGUGAACGAGUGCAUGGAGGGGGUGUGCAAGAUCUACGAGGAGCAGCUGAAGCGGCGCAACCCCAACACACCGACCAUCACCUACGACAUUAGCCAGCUUUUCGACUUUGUCGAUCAGCUAAUCGAUCUCAGCUGCCUCGUCUACCAGAAGUCGACCAACACCUACGCGCCCUACAACAAGGAAUGGAUAAAGGAGAAAAUCUACGUGCUGCUGAGGCAGGCGGCCGGCACCAACGCGUAAUGCAAGCUCCUGUCUCUUCUAUUACCCUUUCUCUACACUUUCUUUAUUUUGUUUUUCUUUCUUUCGGGGCGGUCAUCUCUCCCUUUCUGGUGUCUCCCCACACACACACACACACUUUUGAAGUAUUGAGCCCACCCGUUGUGACCCUUUCGGUUACGCAGCGGAAAUCUUUCUUUUUGUUCCAUCCCUUCCGCAUCGUUUCGUUCGUUGGAGCAUGUUUUAAUAUGAUUAUGCUGCACAGAAACACAUACCCACAAUCACUGUGAGACACACGGGAGAAGGAGAGAGGAUGGCCAAACCGUACUUAAAUCUGUAGCGUGUAAGCAAAUCUUGAACUAUCAACGCAAGCAAUCCGCAAAAAACCCUCCCACAGAGAGUUAACGGGGUUGUGUGCGGGUGUGUGUGUGCAUCAACGUCAACUUUGUGUAAAAUAAUUAGUAAGCGCAAACAUAGAGUACGAGAUGGAUCGAGCAAAUUCAUGAAUCUGAAUAAAAAUGAAUAUUUUUUCACUACA